AUGGCGCAAGCAGGCGGGUCAUACAACAACCCCUUGAAGAAGUUCAAGUUGGUCUUCUUGGGCGAGCAAAGCGUCGGCAAGACGUCUCUCAUCACACGCUUCAUGUACGACUCGUUCGAUAACAUGUACCAAGCCACCAUUGGUAUCGAUUUCCUUUCCAAGGCAUGUUCAACACCUCUUGACCGAGCAGCACCCGAAGGACACAAUGGAAGAAGAACCAUGUAUCUCGAAGACCGAACAGUCCGCCUACAGCUCUGGGAUACAGCCGGCCAGGAGCGUUUCCGGUCUCUGAUCCCUUCGUACAUCCGCGACUCGUCGGUGGCUGUGGUGGUUUAUGACAUUUCUAACGCCAAAUCCUUCCAAAACACACGAAAAUGGAUCGACGACGUGCGCGCCGAGCGCGGCAACGACGUGAUCAUCGUGUUAGUCGGCAACAAGACGGAUCUGAACGACAAGCGCGAAGUGACCACGGCCCAAGGCGAGGAAGAGGCCCGACGCAACAACCUCAUGUUCGUCGAGACAUCGGCGAAGCUGGGCCACAACGUCAAGACGCUGUUCAAGAGGAUAGCCCAGGCGCUGCCGGGGAUGGAGGGGACCGGUGGCGAGGGCGGUGCGGCUGGUGGACAAGGCGGUGGUGCGGCGACGAGGAUUGACGUUAGUAGUAAGGAGACGGUGGCGCAGGAGGGGUGCGCUUGUUAA